AUGGUCUUCUUCGGCAGUGAGCAGCUCCACUACUCCGACUCUCCCUCGCUCUCCCCACAGUCCGACGGUGACAUCAGCAUCGGAGAAGCGACGCCGCCGACGGAGGAUCGUCACGAUCACGGCCACCACCAGCUGGCGGCGGAGGUGCCGAAGAAGAGGACGGGGAGGAGGGUUUUCAGGGAGACGCGCCACCCGGUCUACCGUGGCGUGAGGAGCCGGAAAGGUGACAAGUGGGUCUGCGAGCUCCGCGAGCCCGUCACCGGGACACGUGUCUGGCUCGGAACCUACACCAACCCGGAAAUGGCGGCCCGAGCCCAUGACGUGGCAGCUCUGGCGUUCCGCGGGAAGUCGGCCUGCCUCAACUUCGCCGACUCCGCCUGGCGCCUCCCCAUCCCGAUCUCACCCGGCGCCACCGACGUCAGGAGGGCGGCGGCGGAGGGCGCCGAGAUGUUCCGCCCGGCCGCGGCGGCGGAUGAAGAGGAACGUAGCAUUCGCAGUACUACUACUACUGCGGCUGAUGACGAGAUUGAUGACGUGUACAGUAGCUGUUAUGUGGAGGAGGGGGAGCUGGAAGUGGUGGAUCUGCCGAGGUUGCUGUCGGAAAUGGCGGAAGGGCUGUUGCUGUCGCCGCCGCCGAGCUACGUGGAGAGCUGCAAUGCCGAAGAGCGUGAUUGGUGGCUGUGGAAUAAUUAA